CCCAACCCAAAUCUAGAGAGAGAAAGUCUUUGUUUCAGAGAGAGAAAGCAAAGAAACAAAGAAUCAUACAGAAAUUCCCAAAAAUUUUUUUUUUUUUUAAUUUUUAAUUUUUAAAGCCGGAUCGGACGUCUAGCGAGUCGCCAACGCAGAAUCGGAGAUCCAUCAGCAAGAUGGAGGGAGUUGGGGCCCGACUCGGGCGCACCUCGACCCGGCACGGACCGGCAACGGUGUUUACUGGGCCGGUGAGGAAGUGGAAGAAGAAGUGGGUACACGUAGCUCCUCCCUCCAACCACAACACCUCCAUCCAUCACUCUCACCAGAUUAACGGUUCCUCUAAUGGUAAUAACGGCUCGCAUCUCCUGCUUUUCAAGUGGACCCCGAUUGCCAUUAGUAAUGGCGCAGUCGCCAAUGGAGGGGACAGGGACAAGGUUUCUGCCAAGGACGACGGCGCUUUGGCAGCGAGCGAGGAACCGCCCCGCCGAAAAUUCAAAUACAUUCCGAUUGCUUUACUAGAAGAAGAGCAAAAUGAGGCUACAGAAGAUGAAGGUAACUCAAUUGAUAAUGAUCCAGUUGAUACAGAGGCAAACCCCAAGAAUCAGGGUUUAGAUGAAAAACCCGAUAUUAAUGACGUUCCUAUGGAAGAAAAUCAGGAGAAUAAUCAGGUAGUAUGCCAAGAUCUGAAUGAAACGUUGGAGUUAAGUUUGGGCUCUGAUGGGCAUGAAAACGACAACGAUUCUGGUCUGAAAGCUGAACAAACCAGAAAUGGUUAGUUGCAGCAGUCGAGCCCAUAUUGGAGGUCUUCGAAAACUGGCACUCAUAACUUUACAAGGAGCAGCUAAUUUGUUGGAGCCGAAUUCUGAAUUCAGUUUUCCCUUUGGCUUUAUAUUUUACCUACGGCCGUAUAGGGUAAGUGAGUUUCGGUGGCAUUCACGUGUUCUGUUAGUCUUCAUUGUUUAGCUGAUUGCAAAUCAUACCCAUUUGGUAUAAAGAUGCAAUUCUUACAAUUUCAACAUUAAAAUGAUUGAUUUUUUUUCGGCCGGCCUGUUUUGUUUACUUCUGAGAUGGGACAUGUACUGGAAAUUGUAGUGAGGUUGUAAACUUUUGAACCAUUAAACAUUUAUGAAGUUUUAGUUCUUACUACGCUUUAA